CUUCCGUGUUUGGAUGCUGGGCCUCCAUAGGCAGAGGAGUCCGGGGAGCUGACCUGGUGCUGAGCCUGGUUGGGUGUGCUGAGGAGGAGCUCGAACUGCCCAUCUCCACCAUACUGCUCCUGUGAAAUGGCCUUCCGAAAUGUGAUUAAAGGCUCGCUCGUCCUCGGAGGGGGUGCUGUGGCUACUGUGUUUGGUCUGUCUCAUCUCACUGACGCAAGGAAAAAGGCAAACAUAAUACAUGUGGAUGCUGCUGAGCCAGUUAGACAGCCCAAUCAGAAUGAACUACCAUCCAGAGAGGCUCAGCUACUCACACUGGAAAAAACAAAGGAGUUUGAUGUUCUUGUGAUUGGAGGAGGAGCCACAGGCUGCGGCUGUGCCUUGGACGCUGUUACUAGAGGACUUAAAACCGCUCUUGUGGAAAGAGAUGAUUUCUCCUCUGGGACCAGCAGUAGAAGCACAAAACUCAUCCAUGGUGGUGUUCGGUAUCUGCAGAAAGCUAUCAUGCAGUUGGAUGUUGAACAGUACAAACUUGUGAAAGAAGCUCUUCAUGAACGUGCCAACCUGCUGGAGAUUGCUCCUCACUUAUCUGCUCCCCUGCCUAUUAUGCUGCCUGUAUACAAGUGGUGGCAGUUACCGUACUACUGGGUUGGCAUCAAGGCCUAUGAUCUUGUAGCAGGCAGCCAGUGUCUAAAAAGCAGUUAUGUUCUCAGCAAAUCCAAAGCCUUAGAAUUGUUCCCAAUGCUUCAGAAAGACAGACUUGUGGGGGCCAUUGUCUACUAUGAUGGACAACACAACGAUGCUCGGAUGAACCUCGCCAUCGCUCUCACUGCUGCCAGGUACGGGGCUGCCACAGCCAAUUAUACUGAAGUGGUACGCUUGCUGAAGAAGACAGAUUCGCUGAGCGGCAGGGAGCGGGUCUACGGUGCACGCUGCAGAGACGUUCUAACAGGGCAAGAGUUUGAUGUCCGCGCCAAAUGUGUUAUCAAUGCCACCGGACCGUUCACGGACUCUGUACGCAAAAUGGACAAUCAGGAGGUCCGCAACAUCUGCCAGCCAAGUGCCGGAGUGCACAUUGUCAUGCCUGGAUACUACAGCCCAGAUAACAUGGGACUUCUGGAUCCAGCCACCAGUGAUGGCAGAGUGAUAUUUUUCCUACCAUGGGAAAAGAUGACCAUAGCGGGCACCACCGAUACUCCGACAGAGAUCACACAUCACCCCAUUCCCACCGAGGAAGACAUCAACUUCAUAUUGACUGAAGUGCGGAACUACCUUAGCAGCGAUGUGGAAGUUCGGAGGGGAGAUGUACUCGCAGCUUGGAGUGGCAUUCGUCCAUUGGUCACAAAUCCCAAUUCUACAGACACGCAAUCAAUAUCCCGCAAUCACGUUGUUGAUGUUGCCGAGAGUGGUCUUGUCACAAUAGCAGGAGGAAAAUGGACGACGUACCGCUCCAUGGCGCAGGACACAUUGGAUGCUGCAAUCAGAGCACACAACCUUAAGGCUGGACCGUGCAGGACAGUGGGGCUUUUCCUUGAAGGGGGAAAGGACUGGUCACCCACCCUUUACAUCCGUCUGGUGCAGGAUUACGGCUUAGAGAGCGAGGUUGCCCAGCAUCUAGCUGCCACCUACGGUGACAAGGCGUUUGAGGUGGCGAGAAUGGCUAAGGUUACAGGGAAGAGAUGGCCGAUCGUCGGGAAGAGGCUGGUGUCUGAAUUUCCCUACAUCGAAGCUGAGGUGAAAUAUGCAUUAAAGGAGUAUGCCUGCUCUGCCAUUGAUGUCAUCUCACGACGCACACGCUUGGCUUUCCUUAACGUCCAGGCUGCAGAAGAAGCUCUGCCACGCAUUGUGGAGAUUAUGGGAAAAGAAUUAAACUGGAAGGAACAAAUGAAAAAGGAAGAACUGGAAGCUGCAAAAAAGUUCCUCUACUAUGAAAUGGGAUACAAAGCUCGAUCUGAACAACUCACCGAUCGAUCAGAAAUUAAUUUGUCUCCUUCCGACGUGGACAGGUAUAAAAAAAGAUUUCACAAGUUUGAUAAGGAAAAGAAAGGAUUUAUCACCAUUUUGGAUGUCCAGCAUGUCUUGGAGAAUAUAAAUGUCCAGAUGGAUUCCAAUACCCUGCAUGAAAUCCUAAAUGAAGUUGAUUUAAAUAAGAAUGGGCAAGUUGAGCUCAAUGAAUUCUUACAGCUUAUGAGCGCUAUCCAGAAAGGAUUUGUCUCAAGCAGCCGCCUGGCCAUACUGAUGAAGAGCGCAGAGGAUAACCUGGAACAAAGAGAGCCCAUACCGGUGGACCGCAGCGGAGGUGGCGUGUGAGUCUCAGAGAAAACGGACGUGCGUUGCUGCUUCUCUGUGCUGGACGUCAUUCCAAGGCUUUUUGGCUGUAUAUGCUGCAGAUUUGGCACACAGCAUGAACUUGAUAUUGAUAUUUUUUUAAAUAUGCAUUUGAACUAUGAAAAACUGUUUAUACUCCAGUACAUGGUAGGCCGAUAGAUACUGUGGCAAGCGAUUCUUUUCAAUCUUUCUGAAAGUGAGAAUUCACU